UUUCAACAACAGAUUAGGCCCAAACAUGAAGUUCUACGUCAUUGCAUUGGCCUUUGUCGGCCUCGCCGCCGCCGAUGUCAGUCAUCUGAAGUUGGGCCUGUCCGCCGACGGAGGCUAUGGACUCUCCGCCUCUUCAUCCGCAUUCUCCUCCGCCUCCUCCUCGGCGGAAGUAGUGCCAGGUGGUGAUUCCAGCUCGUACCAGCCCGCUGAAUACACUCCCGAGCACUUGAAGUCCGCUGAGGUGAUUCCGGGUGGAGAUUCGAGUUCCUACCAACCCGCUGAAUAUACUCCCGCUAAUCUCAAGUCAGCGGAUGUAGUUCCUGGUGGCGAAUCCAGCUCUUACCAGCCAGCUGAAUACACUCCAGCUCAUCUUAAGACCUCUGUCCCAGCUGCCAUUGGAGCUGAUACCUAUGCCCCAGUUCCAGCUGCUAUUGGAGCUGAUAGCUACACCCCCGAGAAGUUCAUUCCCCAGGCUGAUCAGGAGGCCCACUACAAGUACAUUCAGGAGCAGGAAGCUGUUGUACCCGGAGGAGAUUCGAGCUCUUACCAACCCGCUGAAUACACUCCCGAUCACUUGAAGACCGCUGAGGUGAUUCCUGGUGGAGAUUCGAGCUCCUACCAACCCGCUGAAUAUACUCCUGCUUAUCUAAAGCAGACCUCUUCUGUCGCUGUUGGUGCUGAGGUGAUUCCUGGUGGGGAUUCUAGUUCCUACCAGCCAGCUGAAUACACUCCAGCUCAUCUUAAGACUUCGGUGCCAGCGGCCAUUGGAGCUGAUACCUAUGCCCCAGUUCCAGCUGCUAUUGGAGCUGAUAGCUACACCCCCGAGAAGUUCAUUCCCCAGGCUGAUCAGGAGGCCCACUACAAGUACAUUCAGGAGCAGGAGCAGGAAGCUGUUGUACCCGGAGGAGAUUCGAGCUCCUACCAACCCGCUGAAUACACUCCCGAUCACUUGAAGACCGCUGAGGUGAUUCCUGGUGGAGAUUCGAGCUCCUACCAACCCGCUGAAUAUACUCCUGCUUAUCUAAAGCAGACCUCUUCUGUCGCUGUUGGUGCUGAGGUGAUUCCAGGUGGCGAUUCCAGCUCCUACCAACCUGCUGAAUACACUCCCGAGCAUUUGAAGUCCGCUGAGGUGAUUCCUGGUGGGGAUUCUAGUUCCUACCAGCCAGCUGAAUACACUCCAGCUCAUCUUAAGACUUCGGUGCCAGCGGCCAUUGGAGCUGAUACCUAUGCCCCAGUUCCAGCUGCUAUUGGUGCUGAUACCUAUGCCCCAGUUCCAGCUGCUAUUGGAGCUGAUACCUAUACCCCUGAGAAGUUCAUUCCCCAGGCUGAUCAGGAGGCUCACUACAAGUACAUUCAGCAGCAGGAGCAGGAAGCUGUUGUUCCCGGAGGAGAUUCCAGCUCCUAUCAGCCCGCUGAAUACACGCCCGCUUACCUCAAGCAGUCGGUUGUAGCUGCGACCGCCGCCUCUGCUGUUUCUGGGUCAGAUUCCAGUUCCUAUCAAUCCGCCGUUGCCCAGACGAGUUACGUUCAUAGCCAGGGCCAGGCAGUCGUGGCCGGAUCAGCUGGCAGUUCCUACCAGAGCGCACAACCCAUCGCCGCCUUUGUCCAACGACAGGCACCAGUGGUCAUUGGAGCCAACACCAUCACACCUGCCCAUCUGUACGAGGAGCCCACCUCGAAUGGCAUCGAGGAGUUCAAUGCCGAGACCCAUGUUCCGGUGGCCAUUGGCGCCGACACCAUUACUCCUGCCCAUUUACAGACCACCUACUCCAAGUCCGGCCAGGACACGCAGUACGCGUCGAACGGCGGCUAUGUUUACUAAGUCAAAUUACUGAGAGCCACAGAGUCUAAUCUAAGCUUAGAUUUAUACAUCUUUUUUUUAACACAUGAUAUAUCUUUAAUUUUGGACUUGUAAAUUAUUGAUAUUUCUAUUAGUGUGCAGAAAAACGAAUAAACCCCAAGAGUAAAGUAUUUAUAUAAAGAA